AUGAAUAACACAAAUCUUGACCCAUUAACACCAUUAUCUGCUGUACAAAAAUACAAAGAACUCGCCAAAAAUCCUGAAAAUCAUUCAGAAAUAGUUAAAGAUAAAACAGCUAUAAAUUUUUUGACUUACGUUUUAGAUACCUCGGACGAAGAAGUUUUAUUAACGUCUUUGGAUACAUUAUUAUUAUUAUCGGACACUAAUUCUAAUAUAGAUAAAAUUCGGUCUACAUUUGGUGUUACAGAAGCGGUUAAUUUAAUUCUCAACAGGAAAGAUGUUAAAAAUGUUGACAUUAAAGAUAAGGCAAAAAAUUUAUUAGAAAAAUUGAAAAAUUCAAAUAAUUCUAACAACAAAAACACUGGGCAAAAAUGUCAAAAUAACAAAAAUAAAAAAGUACUUACAUUAUAUAUAAAUGGAUUACACUUGGAAACUCGUGUUUUAUCUGUAAUUAUCGAUGUUGAACAUCAAAAAUGUACAAUGACUGUUUUCGAUCACAUUGAUCCUAAAACCAUUGCUACAAUUAUAUCUGAAAAUACUGACAUGGAAGCACAGUUAAUAUCUAAAAACAAAAAUAAUCAAGAAAUAUUAGUUCCUUUAAUUGACAAUGACAAAACAUUAGAUUUAGAAGAUCUCCCUCCAUAUCUUGAUGAAAAAGAUUCUCCUGUAAAAGAAAAAGCCGUUAGAUCUGCCAAAGAUAUAAGAAUAGCAGCAUCCGAGUGGUUUUGUUCCGCAGCAGGAUUUUUACAAAGAACAUUUUAUUGGUGA